AGCUGCUGCAGAAAAUUUCCCCACAUCUCCUCCUCUCCCCGCCCCCACAUCUUGCCUCCAUUAUUCCCGUGUUUUCGAAGCAACUCCGGUGACAGCAAGAAACACAAGUGAAGGGAGCCCGGUUCACACUCGACGCUGGACGCUCCUUUACACUUGUCCCCCUCGAUUUGCUGACCCGAUGGUACGGUCUCCUGCUAUCUACGUUCACUCACCGUUUGUGCACGGUGCCGGUAGCGGAGAGAGGAGGAGGAGGAGGAGGGGUUUGGUCGACUGGGACUAGCACCGUGAGAAGCUCUCUGCUGCUUUCAGAAGGAAGGAGGGAAGCAAGCUUUAGGGGGAAAAAAACGCCUAUCGGUCGUUUUUAAUUAGAGCCGAGCUGUCUGUUAGUGGAAUGGCGAGGAUAUGAGAUGCGCUGAGGCGCGUGGAGGAUACAAUGUAGAGCUGAAGCGUCUCUUGUAAUUAACGUGAACUAAUGGUCACUAACAUGGAUGCUGAUGUGCCUCCUCCCCUAGGCCGGCCGGGAGAAGGGGUGUAUUUUGACGAUUAUCUGGCAGUAACACGACUCAUUCUUUUCUGGGAUUAAGAAUUUUGCUUUUUUUAUUAUUCCCUUCACCCGUUCCUGGAGUCGGUUUUUGUGUGGGAGUCUCGCAGUGAGCGUGUCUUUGCAAGAUGACAGAGGGGAGGCGAUGUCAGGUCCACCUCCUGGACGACAGGAAGCUGGAGCUCCUUGUGCAGCCCAAGCUGAUGGCUAAGGACCUGCUGGACCUUGUGGCCUCUCACUUCAACCUCAAGGAGAAGGAGUACUUUGGCAUUGCAUACACAGACGAAACGGGUCAUUUAAGCUGGCUGCAGUUGGAUCGCAGGGUAUUGGAACACGAAUUUCCGAAGAAGUCUGGUCCCAUUGUCCUUUACUUCUGUGUCAGGUUCUACAUUGAGAGUAUAUCCUAUCUGAAGGACAAUGCCACUAUUGAGCUGUUUUUCCUCAAUGCCAAGUCCAUCAUCUACAAGGAGCUCAUUGAAGUGGACAGCGACAUUGUCUUUGAAUUGGCUUCCUAUAUUCUCCAGGAGGGUAAAGGGGACUUCACCAGUAAUGAUGCAACCAGGUCUGACCUAAAAAAGCUGCCUGCUCUGCCCACCCAGGCCUUAAAAGAGCACCCAUCUCUGGCCUACUGUGAAGACCGGGUCGUAGAGCAUUACAAAAAGCUCAAUGGGCAAUCCAGAGGACAAGCUAUUGUAAAUUACAUGAGCAUUGUGGAGUCCCUGCCCACAUAUGGAGUACAUUACUAUGCUGUAAAGGACAAGCAGGGGAUCCCGUGGUGGUUGGGUCUGAGCUAUAAAGGCAUCUUUCAGUAUGAUCACCAGGACAAAAUUAAACCCAGGAAGGUGUUUCAAUGGCGACAGUUGGAGAACCUCUACUUCAGAGAGAAGAAGUUUUCAGUGGAAGUUCAUGACCCAAGGAGUAGGGCGUCGGUGACCAGAAGGACGUUUGGUCACAGCGGCAUUGCUGUGCAUACGUGGUACGCCUGUCCUGCACUCAUCAAGUCCAUCUGGGCCAUGGCCAUCAGCCAGCAUCAGUUCUACCUGGACCGUAAGCAGAGCAAGUCUAAGAUCCAUGCAGCACGGAGUUUGAGUGAGAUCGCUAUAGACCUCACGGAAACAGGAACUCUGAAAACCUCAAAACUGGCCAACAUGGGCAGCAAAGGCAAGAUCAUAAGCGGCAGCAGUGGCAGUCUGCUCUCCUCAGGCUCUCAGGAAUCAGACAGCUCCCAGACAGCUAAGAAGGACAUGCUGGCAGCACUGAGGGCCAGGCAGGAAGCACUGGAGGAAACACUAAGACAGAGACUAGAGGAACUCAAAAACAUCUGCAUCCGAGAAGCGGAGCUGACAGGAAAGCUUCCGAAGGAAUAUCCCCUGGAUCCAGGAGAGGAGGCGCCCACAGUGAGAAGGAAGAUCGGUACUGCUUUCAAACUGGAUGAGCAGAAAAUUCUUCCUAAGGGAGAGGAAGAGGAACUGGAGCGUUUGGAGCGGGAGUUUGCCAUCCAGUCCCAGAUUACAGAGGCAGCCAGGCGUCUUGCCAGCGAUCCACAUGUUAACAGCAAGAAGCUCAAGAAGCAGAGGAAGACUUCCUAUCUGAACGCACUGAAGAAGCUCCAGGAAAUUGAGAACUCUAUCAAUGAGCACCGGGUCCGCUCUGGCAAGAAGCCUACGCAGAGGGCGUCCCUUAUCAUAGAAGAGGCCAAUAUUGGUUCUGAAGACAGUUCAUUAUCAGACGCACUGGUACUGGAUGAUGAUGAUUCUCAAGUUACAGGUACCCCCACCUUCUCUCCGGUAGCAUCGCCUCACAAGGGUCUCCCUCCACGACCACCGUCUCACAGUCGGCCUCCUCCACCACAGUCCCUGGACGGCCUGCGACACCUGCACUACACGCGCUCUGACUACGAUAAAUCUCCUAUCAAACCCAAAAUGUGGACUGAAUCGUCACUGGAUGAGCCAUAUGAAAAAGUCAAGAAACGCUCCUCUCACUCCAGUCACAGGCGUUUCCCAAGCUCUGGCAGUGCAGAAGCAGGAGGUAGCAACUCACUGCAGAGCAGCCCUAUCAGGAGCCUCCCUCACUGGAACUCUCAGUCCAGCAUGCCGUCAACCCCAGACCUGAAGUCCAGGACCCCACACUACGUACAUUCCACUAGGUCGGUGGACAUCAGCCCCUCUCGUCUGCACAGCCUCGCUCAGCACUUUAGGAACCGCAGCUCAAGCCUUGAGUCCCAGGGCAAACUGUUGGUGUCAGACCCUGAUGCACACCCGCACACUUUGGGCACACUGGGCAGCCCUGACUUCUUCUUGGGCCCAGGACGUGGCUCGAAUGGCUCUGACCCACUGGAUGACUGCUCAUCCUGCACCAGCCACAGCAGCUCAGAGCAUUAUUACCCUGGUGGACCCCCAGGUAGCAACCCUAACUACUCCACUCUGGGAGAGGACUCGCCCUCCAAAGCCAGGCAGAGGCAAAGGCAAAGGCACAGGUCGGCAGGUCACCUGGGUUCCUCUAACUCUGGCUCCAUGCCAAACCUGGCAGCAAAGAACGGUUCUACCGGAGGCUCGGGUGGAGUUGGGAUGGGAGGAGGACACCACGGGGUCUACCUCCACAGUCAGAGCCAGCCCUCCUCACAGUAUCGCAUCAAGGAGUACCCGCUAUACGUGGAGGGCAGCCCCAACCCUGUGGUGGUGCGCAGCCUGGAGAGUGAUCAGGAAGGCCACUACAGUGUGAAGGCCCAGUUCAAGACCUCAAGCUCCUACACGGCCGGGGGACUGUACAAAGAGGCCUGGGGGGGAGAGGAGGGUGGAGAGGGAAGCGGCCGACUUACGCCAUCACGCUCUCAGAUCGUACGGACUCCGUCAUUGGGGCGAGAGGGUGGUGGAGGAGGGGGGAGGGCAGCAGUGUCUGAGGAGCUGCGGUGCUGGUACCAGAGGUCCUCAGGGAGCCUGAAAGAGAGGAGUCACUCACACUCGGGGUCGACAUCCUCUGAAACAGGGUCACAGCAAGGCACCCUGAGAGGGAGUAGAGUGGGGACUCUAGCAAAGGGCUCACCCGCUGCUUCCCCUCACAGCCAGAGGAGUAUGACACCCUCCAGCGAACAUGCAGCCACGCCCACACCUCCCUGCAGCCCACAGCACAUCCUCAACUGGCAGAGCGGAGGCACAGCAGACAGCUCUCCUUCUGUGGACGUCUGUCAGUCUCCCCCUCAGCCCAGCUCUGAUGCCUAGAGGUCUUUCAGUGACAGCUGUUUUCUCAGUAGCCCUCUGUGUUCAGAGCUGGCAGAUGUGCAGUGGUACGGACACGACAAGGCCAAACCUGGAACCCUGGUCUGAGACCUUCCUACAGGGCCCAGAAAGUCCCUUUGCCCUCUCCUACUGCGUAUCAAAUGUCCCUCACCACUACUCAUUGACAACUGACAACCUCAUCCUUAGACACCCUUCAUAAAACCCGACCCUGACCAAACUGGGGGACUGGACAUGAGCCUCCCUCCUCCCUGAACCUUACCCUCCAUCUGUUUGAUCCCCUCUUUAUUGAGCCCCUCUCUUUCACAGCUCAGCUGUACAGGGACACACUUGCUGGGCUCUGAUAAGGGGUGGAUUUCAGAGUACGGACUGAGAAGUGCCAUCUCAGCUGUUAAACUGAUGCCCCUGCAGCACCACAGAGCCCGUUCUUUACUCACUUUCAGCACACAAGCAAACAGGAAAGCAACGGGAAGAGAGAGCACAGAGAAAAAUCCAACAUACUAUUCAACCGAACCAACAUCAGCUACAUAGUGACCUGUUUUAGAUCUCAGCUUUGCCCCCUUAAUCUCUUUAACACCAGUGCACUGCCACCAAUCAGAGGAUACCUGCUGGAUUUGAGCCACCAGUUGAAAAAAUACAGAUUUCAAGGCUUAAAAGAACUUUGCUGGAUUCCAUUAUUCUCGUUGAUGUUGUUUGUCCUUUUUGUUUGUUCAUCCCUACAUAUUUAUAAGAAGAGAAGAUGACAGUCUUCAGAAACAAAACAUCUGGAUAAAACAACAUUAAAGAUUAUGAAUCCUCUCAAGUUCAACCCACAACCAAAGACAACUUCUGGAUAAACUGGUCACACCAGGGUCCCCGGGCUGGUGCUCUCCAAAGUGAUGACGUCUGGGUGGUUAAUGGGACUCUAUCUGGGGUAUUGACAAGGACUACAGCAAUAACAAACAUUGACUAAGUACACAAACUGGUUUGGAAUCUACAGAGUGAGUUGAAGCAGGCACUUUGCCGUGUUCUCAGCCUGGCUAGGUUUGGAGAGGAGAGUUCUUAGAGCAUCAUAAAGAGAAUUGGAGUUGUUAUUGGGUUUGGAAUUAAUCUAUGCUUGUAUCUCUGACUUCAUCAUAAAUGUUUAUUUAAACUCAUUGGUCUUGACAAGAUUUCUCUGUCCUCAACUGUCUGUUUGACUACAUGUUGCAUUGUGAUCAGUACCAAACCAGAGCAGGGGCUGAAAGGGCAUUGGGGAGUGUCAGCACGGCCACAAGUCACAAAUACUGUUUUACUUCGGGUGUUGUUUUAAUAUGAACAACAAAUUCUGAUUCCAUAGUUUUGAUUUACAACCCCUUAGAGAUUUUUUCUGGUCAUUACUUUUGUUUUAGAUUAAGGAUAUUCACUGAUAAUUAAAAAAAUAGAUAUUCUCUUUCAUCACUUGUGGCUUUUCCCCACCUUCAGUCUUGGCUCUGUACCCGCUCUCAUAAUGCUAAGUAUCUCUCAACACCUCUUGUAGCACUGUGGUUUCUCAUCUUCUAGUUCAUCUCUUCAGCGUGACUCAACACAGACGGUCUAAACUCAACGCUACACACUUCAGAACUCGACACUCUGGGCAUGUGUGAGUGCCAAACAUAUUGGUGCUUUAAAUCUGUACUGUAAUUAAUUACUGAAACAGACAAUUGCCCUUUUAAUCCAAACAGUAAACCCCAUAAGUCUAUAUGAAACAGCAGCUAGGUGAAGUGACCACUGAAGUUAGUGCUUGGCAUCAGCUGCAUUAGAAAUUCUUCAAACUAACUAUGAAAAGCACAACAUUAACCUUUUCUAUGGGGCUGGACCUACAGAACAGAUAGAGUCUGCACAUUUUCAAACCAUAGCAUUUUAUUAAACAGUUGAAUUAAAGAGCAUGAGGGGAAACUUUAAGUCUCAAGAACAAAGAGUUACAUGAUACCUUUCGGCAAAUACAAACUACAGUAAACUUAAUGAAUACUCCUGUACUGUCAGAGAGGCACAAGAUAUUGGCAUAACUGAAACAAUCUCUAACCUUUUCAGAAUUCAAUUUUUUUUCUCAAUAAUCCCCAAAUCAAAAAUUUGAAGCAUUUGAACAGGGUUAUUAUAGCACAUCUGGUUUCCUAUGACAGAAGUAGACCUCUGCAUGUUUUAGCUGUCCCUGAAUCACAUUCCCGUUACAUUACCGUGGUGAGAACUGCUGUUUUGUUGUUGCAAAAAAAUCCAAAUCACCAGGUUUUGAUUUUCCUAAGGUUAUAACAUCUCAGAAAAAAAGUGGACAUGUUAUUGUAUUAUCUUCUAGCGUCAUGAUGUCUGGAUAAAUGGUGUAACAAUCUGUACUGUGUUGGUACAUCUUGGCGUUUUUUUGUCCUUAAUGCAUUCAUAUCAGGUGUUGUAAUCUGCCACUUUCUGGUCUAUUCAAGUAAAGACAGUUUAGCCUCCACUACCUGCAUGAGUUGUCCACCAAUACCUGGUCAAGUUUGAUUAGUCUCUACCCAGGAUUGGAACCAGCACUCCCUGGUUAAUGUGGUACUACAAAAGAACUACAAAACUGUAUAUGAGUAACCUAUCAGAGUGAAAGUUUGUCCCUUAUUUUGCUCUGUUGAAGCCUCUGCCCAUAAAGAAACAAUCCCAUGCAUGCCCAGCGAAUCCACUGACAAAUAAAGACCCCAAAGAUAUUCUGCAUCCCAUUUUUAUGAGCAUGUUUUGCUCAAUGGUGACCCCCUUGCCCCCAGAAAGUCUGUUUUAACUUUGUGGUAAUCUCUGACCUCUGAGCCCAAUGUGAAGAAGUGUGAUGUCCCUUCCCUCUGUAGCUCCAAACAUACCAGAUUUUCUGUGCUCCAUAGAAAUGUAUGCGGUUUUUGUAACACACCCAAGAGAAAUGAACUCUUUUAUCAGUCUUUAUCUGUAUGUACGGAGGGGCACUGUAAGGUUUUGUGGGGUUUCUUAACAUUCACAUUCAUUGUUUUAACAAUGUGUCAUUUUAUAUGAACAAGUAUUGAUUUUUUGUUUUCUUCUGACAUUAUAACAACCCUUUCAGGUGCUACAAAAUGACCAGUUACUGCUUUGUCACAUAGGAUCUUUAGACACCUUCUCAUAAUUUCAAUAGAUUCAAUACCAGAUGUGCAAAAUGGAGCGUAUUUUAACAGACAGUUUAAUAGUAGAACACUCCCCCCCUCCCAGACAACAGAGCAUGUAACUUGAUUUUAUCAGUUCUGUUCAACUGUAACAAUACAUUAAAGGUGUUGUAGAAAAAAAUGUGUAAUUGAUAAAAAAUAACUGAAUUCCACAGUUAAUUUAUUCUUUUUUCUAUUAAAAAUUUGUAUAGUAACUUUACAUUUUUCAAAAGUGUGUUGUUGGAAAUUGACGAUGAAUUUUCAAGAUGAGAAGCCGUGGUGGUUCUUCAGAAUAAGAAAAAUAAAUUAUUGAUGAAUGUUCUCAAAA